AUGCCAAAGCAGGAGGUCCGCCGAGAAAAUGAGCAAGAUGCACAACCAGGACCAUCAUCGCAGCACCCUCCCAGUCCGAAACCAGCGCAGCGAACACCGAGUCCUCAACACCCGACAAGAUCACCGCGCGGUCAGCGCGUACGGUUCAAAUCAAGUGCAGGAUUUCAACAGAACCCGCCGAGAAGCCUGUCGACUGAAGAUGAAAGGACAGAAGCUGAAAAAACGCAGAGGAAUCAACAGCCUCAUCGGCCAUCGACGCCGUUUGAGCAUGGGUCUACGGAUAUUGCUGAUAUUCCGCUAAGCCAACGCACCACAGAAGCAGAGGAGCCGCAGCAAAAGGAAAGCAUGGGAAAGAAAGCAGAACAUGAAAUUGAAGACGAGGCCGAGGAAACAGAACAAAAUUUCAAGGAUCGGAUGAAGAACACGAUUGAUGUGAUGAAGAGGAAAACAGUCCAGUUCCUGGCUAUGCUGGGACGCGAGGAACAUAGCGGUGAUGAUUUAAGUCCAGGCGUUUACCAUGCGGACUGGGGUGGUGGGGGUGAUGUCCCCGUGUCAGAGGUCACAGAUAACAAACACAAGACUGAUGAGGAGAAGCGAAAACAGCAUGCGACUGCUAAUACCGAAGCGCACAAGCUCGUGCGAGAACUCAACCAGGACCAAUCCGCACAUCGACGUAACGCCCGUGGUAAACCCUAUCCACAUCAAGGUUCAGAUAUCCAAGAUACAGGAUCAGGAAUCGAGUCUGGUCUUCGCUACCGCUCUGGCGGCGGCGGCGUCCUCUCCCAACUCAUGAAGCUCAACAACCCACAAGACCAAGGGGGUGCAGCAGGCCGGUCGUCAAGCGAAGCAUCCACCCCGGCAGCGUCAGGCGCAACAACACCCCGCAAAGACAGGCCCAAAUGGUACAAGAAACAACAAAACGUCUCCACAACAACCUUAGGAUCACAGGCACGGAGCGGAGCAAGCACACCAGUAGGCAACGAGUCCCUAUCCGCAGCGUCAAAGCGCCAAUCUAAACAACCAGACCACAAAAGACUAGAAGACGAGAUCCGCGUCACAAUCCAUAUCGCCGAGAUCAUCGCCCGCCAGAGAUACAUCAUGCAGCUCUGCAGAGCGCUCAUGAAAUUCGGCGCGCCAACACACCGUCUUGAAGAAUACAUGCAGAUGACAGCAAAGGUCCUCGAAGUCGACAGUCAAUACCUCUACCUACCGGGCUGCAUGAUAAUGUCCUUCGAUGACCCGUCCACACGGACAACAGAAGUCAAACUCGUCCGCGUAGCACAGGGCAUCGAUCUAGGCCAACUAGCCAACACACACGCUGUCUACAAAAAUGUCGUCCACGAUAUCAUCGGCGUCGAAGAAGCAAUCCAAGAGCUAGAAGAAAUCAUGAAAAAGAGACCCCGCUUCAACAAAUACAUUGUCGUCUUCGUCUACGGUCUUGCAACAGCCACAGUCGGCCCCUUCGCCUUCGAAGCAAGACCAAUAGAUAUGCCCAUCAUCUUUAUCAACGGCUGUCUUCUCGCUAUCAUGCAACAUGUUAUCGCUCCCCGAUCAGUCCUGUACUCCAACGUCUUCGAGGUCACCGGCUCUGUGCUUACCUCGUUUCUCGCGCGAGCCUUCGGGUCCAUACGGCAUAACUCCGAGUUCCUCUUCUGUUUUUCCGCCAUCUCUCAAUCCUCCAUCGCGCUAAUCCUCCCGGGAUUCCUCGUUCUCUGCAGUUCGCUCGAACUUCAAUCGCACCAAAUCGCCGCAGGCUCCAUCCGCAUGGUCUACGCAAUCAUCUACUCCCUCUUCCUAGGCUAUGGUAUUACCGUUGGAACAACAAUCUACGGCCUCAUCGACAACAACGCAACAUCCGAAACCCAGUGUUCGAAGAUAGGUGCUUUUAAAAAUCCCUACGUACAGCGCUUUCCCUUUGUCGCGAUUAUGGUCGUCUGGCUGGUUAUCAUCAAUCAAGGCCGAUUUAAGCAAAUACCCCCCAUGCUAGUCAUCGCGCUAGCAGGCUACAUAACAAACUACUUCUGCACCGAAACCCUUGGCUCAAACUCCCAAGUCGCAAACACAGUCGGCGCCUUCACAGUCGGCGUAUGCGGAAACCUCUACUCCCGGAUCUGGCAUGGCCACGCAGCAACGGCUAUCCUCCCUGGUAUAUUCGUGUUGGUCCCGAGUGGACUUGCGGCGACGGGGAGUUUGAUUUCGGGGGUUCAUUCUGCGGAUGAGAUCAAGUCGAAUGUGGGGCAGAAGGGAGGAGGGAAUGGAGGUACAGGAGAUACGAGUGUGACGAAUUUGGGCUUUGGGAUGAUUCAGGUUGCGAUUGGGAUUACGAUUGGGUUGUUUUUGGCGGCAUUGAUUGUUUAUCCGUAUGGAAAGAGGAGGAGUGGGUUGUUCAGUUUCUAG